AUGGCAGUCUCUUCAAUCUCAAUCCGCUACUGUGUCUCACCAACAAUUUCUCACAAGACAGAGAUUCUCUGUCUACUCAAAGCUUCUUGUUCACUUUCAUCUGGCAGCAAUCUUGGCUCCUCGGAGAAUAAUUACCAGAAAGAAAGCAGAAGCAUUUUGAAGAGAAGGCAAGCUCUUGUGGGAGUAGGAACCUUAGUUGCAACUUCAAUUCCAGCAACAUGGCUUCUUGCUGAAGAGAUACCAAAAAACUACUCGGCUUUUGUGGAUCGACAAGAUGGGUAUUCGUAUUAUUACCCAUCAGACUGGAGGGACUUUGACUUCAGGGCACAUGAUUCAGCCUUCAGAGAUAGAUACUUGCAACUGCAGAAUGUUCGGGUCAGGUUCAUACCAACUGAGAAAAACGACAUCCGCGAAGUAGGUCCAAUGGAAGAGGUGGUUUAUGAUCUAGUGAAGCACAAGUUUGCAGCACCAAACCAAGUAGCUACCAUCUACGAUAUGAAAGAGAGAGUGGAGGAUGGGAGGAACUAUUAUACGUUUGAGUAUGGACUACGAACUCCAAUCUAUGCAACCACUUCCUUUGCAACAGUAGCAGUUGGAAACAACAGAUACUACACACUCAUAGUUGGAGCAAACGAGAGAAGAUGGAGGAAAGUGAAGAAGCAGCUUCAAGUUGUAGCUGACUCUUUGAAGAUCCUUCAAAUUUGA